AUGGAUAGAAGAGGAUUAGAGGCGUGUCUGUAUGAAGUGUUGAAGUCUGACCCUGGGGCAGGAAAGAGGGCCGAGGCCAGGAUCCUGGAGCUCCAGUCGGGGGACUUUGAAAGAUUCAUAUCGAUGCUUGUGGAGGUGUUCUGCGACCUGAAAAGCAAUGACCAACUCAGGAUGGUUUCCGGGAUCAUCCUCAAGAACAGCCUCCAUGCAAACGACCCUGAGCUCCAGAAGGGCUGCUCCAGCAGAUGGCUGGGAAUGAGGCACGAAUCCAGGGAAUAUGUGAAGGGCAUGAUCAAGAGAGCUCUCAAGGGGCCAGUUCCAAGGUUCUGCACCAUGGCAGGGGGGGCCCUCGGGCAGAUAGCCAGGAUGGAAAUUCCCAACAGCCUGUACCAGGGAUUCUUUGAGGAGAUGAGGAGGAUGGUUUGCGACGAGGAGGCCGUCUCUGGCGUGUGCGAGGCUGUUGGAAUAUGCAGCAAUCAUUUGGUGAAGGAGGCCCCCGACGUCAUCCAGAUGUACAAUGUCGCAGUGUUUGAAAUAUGCAUGUAUCCUCUCAAAAACGGGACCACAAGUAGAAGUAGGCUGUGCGGACUUAAAUGCCUGAUGAACUGCAUGGAGGUUCAGGGGAUAUUUUGCUACGAGGAGAAUGUGAAUGUAUUUCUCAGUGCAACUGUUGAUAUAUGGAACGGGAACGACGAAGAGCUGAUACACAAGGUGAUGAUAUGCUUCAACAGACUUGUGAUGCUCAACUACAAGUUUAUCCAAAGAAGCAUACUGGAGAACAUGCUGGCACAGUAUUUAGGAAGGUUCUUCAAGUCUCAGCAUGACGAGAUUAAGAUCCAAGCAAUCGAGUACUGGUGCAUCUUUGCCGAGAAGAACGAUGGAGAAAUGGUCGACAAGUAUUUACCGGUUGUCCUGCCCGAGAUACUGAGCCUUCUUGAGAAAGGCCCCAACUACUACGGGGAUGUGUGGUCUCCGCACAAAGCUGCAUCCUCCUGUCUUGAGAUGUAUACAGAGCUGAAAAAAGACAAGAUGAUGAGGAACAGGAUGGUAUGGGGGUUUAUAGAGACGUCUCUGAGGUCUGAGUCCAGGGCCAAUAUAGAUAUAGGUGCAGUGGCGCUGGGAAGUGUUAUGCAUGAGAGGUGUGAAGAUUGCCUAACAAAGAUUGUGCCGGACCUUGUGAAGGGCAUCGAGUUUGAAGAGUCAAAGGACUCUUGCUUGUGGGCGCUGUCCAGGGCGGCGGAGUGCAACUUUUAUGCGCUGGCCGACCAUCUUCCGAUGAUUCUGAGCAAGUGCGGGCAUGUGGUUCUGGAGAGCUCCAAGUCUUCCAUUGGGGCAGCAUGGGUGAUGGACUGCAUGUUUCGCUCAAUAGCAGACAGCAGAAGAAAGGAGGGCUUUGCCGAUCACAUACCAAAGGCCGUAAGGGAGAGAGCCAACGACUUUGUUGAGAGCUUUCUGGCAAAGCAAUACCUGGACAUCCUCAAUGCACUGGUCAAGGGAACGGAGCUGGCAAGUCUGAAUGACUCAAGCCUGAGGGUUGCAUUGUUUUCUGCGCUUGGUGAAUUGAUUCUGAUCUGCCCGCAAGCAGUCUCCGAUAUUCUAGUUGGGUUUUAUGACUACACGUCAAAGAAGAUCGACGAAUGUAUCAGUGUGUUGGGAUACGCCACUCAGGACCAACUGCUGGUUGUUGAGGAUGUGCUUUCGAACUACAUAGGGCUUAUUGAGGCAAUAGUGGCCACAAGAAGGAGAGAAGAUGUAGAAGAUCUCCUGGAACUGUUUAUAAGGAUUCUCGAGUCAACGCCAACGACAGCAUUUGGAGAGGUCUACACAAGCAUUUCGAAUCUUUCCACAAGGUUUGCGCAGCAUGCAUCGAAGAUAAUACCCUACAUGACAAGGGAUAUGAGAUGCACAGACAGGUUUGUCUUGAACUCCGUGAUAAAUCUUGUUGGAAGGCUUGCAAAUACAAUGGGAACUGACUUCAACAUCCUCGCAACAGUCCUUACGUCAUCCCUGGUGCAGUGCCUCAGCUCCGAGGCGACACAUAGAGACCUUAAGCCGAUAAUACUAUCUGUAUUUGGAGAUAUUGCCUUGGCACUGGAAAGAAACUUCGAGUCGUACCUGGACAUGAUUGUGAUGCUGUUCCAGCAGAUAUCAGAGCUCGACAGGCAUUCGGAUGAGGUGUAUGUCGACGAGCUCCGCAAGAAUGCUGUCCAGCUUGUGAAUUGCUCUCUGGUGGCCAUUGGUGACAGCUCCAAAGUCAGGAGUGUUUUGCCUCGAAUCAUUAGCAUAGCCCACAAGAUAGGCGCCGAGGAUGCCAAUGGCAAGGCCCACGGUGAUAUUCUUGGGCUGAUUGAUGAUCUUGUCGGGAUGUACGGAAAGAACUUCGGACUAGACGAGUCGUGGAUCAAGGACUUCUUAUACGGAAUGAUGAAGUGCAGCACCGAUAGCAAUAGAAAGAAAGCCAGCCACGUCUUAGAGGUGCUGAGGUAG